CCUACAUACAGCGGAUCGAUAGCUGAAGUUGAACAAACCACGCUGCGCUGUUUAGAUGGCUGCCAAGCUAGAGUUCCGGCAAGUCAAGAAUGCCUGAAGAACCAGCAAUGGAGAGAUACCUUCUAUGCUAAGUUCAACACCAUAUGUCAGCAUUCUAGCAAUGAGAAAGUUGCAGGCUUCUGUCACUUACAUCUCCAGCCCAUCUUUGGCUCCCAUUCAGGGCCAGGAUCGAGAUUACGGGGAGCUGUGGCAUUGUGGCCAUAUAGAUGGCAGCAGAAUAUACACGAUCUCAAGUAA